AUGGAAGCCAUUUUUUUGGCAUUUUGGCGGCAUUACUUAUUCUUAAGCCUCUUUCUUUUGUGGGUUGUUGCAUAUGGAUAUGGCCGAAGGAAAAAAGCGAAGAACAAUAACAGAAAAGAAGUUCCCGUUUCAUUCUCUCCAUCUUAUCGGCAUAAUUUCCAAAUUGGGUAUUUUUAUACAAGAUGGAAGUUGCGAGAAUGCACAUUCAGUUCGUUUUCAUUUGAUUUUGUCUGUCAUGUUUUAUCGGUUAUUCAUCUCUUUGUCUUUGAAUAUUCUUUAUCUAUCUAUCUAUCUAUCUAUCUAUCUAUCUAUGUUCAUAUUUAUCUAUCUAUAUAUCUAAAAUAUGUUCAUAUCUAUGUUCUUAUGUAUCUAUAUGUAUCUAAAAUAUGUUCAUAUCUAUCUAUCUAUCUAUCUAUCUAUCUAUCUAUCUAUCUAUCUCAUUCAUUAUCUAUCUAUCUAUCUAUCAAUCUAUCUAUCACAGUCUGUUCAUGUUCAUUAUCUAUCCAUCUAUGGAGAAAUAAUUUCGCUUGUAGUAAUUAG